AUGGAUGCAGGGAGUUCUGUGUCACCUCAACAUGAUGCACAUNAUAUUGAGAUGGAAUUUGAGGAAGGCAUAGCGGAGGACUUCAAUAAUAAUGAGUCAUAUGUGUCACCUCAACAUGAUGUACCUACUGAAGUACGACAUGAUGCACCUGCUAAUGCAUCAUAUGUUGAUGAAGCCCCUACUGAAGUACAACGUGAUGCAGUAGGUAUUGAUGAAGCAUGUGUUGAUGAAGCCCCCGCUGCUUCACCCCAUGUUGAUACACCACUAGCAGAUGCACCCCCUUCCCUUGCAGAAGAUCAUGUUUCUUCAGAUGGGCAUAAUAUGAGUGAUCGGCCUGAGCUUUUUGAGAGUCAUGCAAUUAUGAUCUAUCUAGCUUAUGUAUUUCCUGGAGUUGCAGAUCACUGGUAUCCUGCUGACCUUUCCAAAAGAGCAAAGAUCCACUCCGUAUUAGACUGGCAUCACUCCAAUUUACGCUACGGUGCAGCUACAUAUGUCCUCAACACUACUCUUGGACCUGCACUUGGGCGGCCUUUGAAUCCAAAAGCUGCAGCUGAAGGUGAGAAAAUAUUAUCAGCAUCUCUUGCAAAGAUAGAAUCUGUUUGGCUCAAGGGAAAUGGACGUUUUCUGCUUGGAAGCUUACAACCAUCCAUAGCAGAUCUUAGUUUAGUGUGUGAAAUCAUGCAGCUCGAGGUUGUGAAUGAGAAGGAUCGUGAUCGAAUAUUAGGCCCCCACAAAAGAGUUUUGAAAUGGAUCGAUGAUACAAAGAAUGUAACAAGACCUCAUUUUGACGAAGUGCAUUCCAUCCUUUUCAAAGUAAAAGAGAAACUAAAGAGGCUGCAGUCGGGAGGGACAAAAGACGAGACAGAAUCCACGAUGAAAACUGCUCUGCAUUCUAAGAUGUGA